AUGGGGCUGAGGCUUCUCCCACUGUUGCUGCUCUGGACACAGGGGACCCAGGGGUCCAAGCUGGACCCCAGUGGGCGGCAUGUCUGCAAAGCCAGCAGCCCCUCUGCUGAGCUCCAGUGCUGCCAAGGCUGGAGGCAGAAAGAUCAAGAAUGCACUGUCCCCAUCUGUGAGGGGGUAGAUGCCUGCCAGGAAGAUGAAGUAUGUGUGAAACCAGGCCUCUGUCGAUGCAAACCUGGAUUCUUCGGGGCCCAGUGCAACUCCCGCUGCCCGGGACAGUACUGGGGCCCCGAUUGCCGUGAGAUCUGUGCGUGCCACCCACACGGCCAGUGCGAGCCGGCCACGGGCGUGUGCCACUGCCUAGCGGACCGCUGGGGCGGCCGAUGCGAGUUCGCGUGCGCCUGCGGCCCCCACGGGCGUUGCGACCCCGCGACGGGCGCGUGCCGCUGCGAGCCCGGCUGGUGGUCGUCCACUUGCCGCCGUCCGUGCCAGUGCAACCCGGCGGCGGCGCGCUGCGAUCCAACCGACGGCUCCUGCCGCUGCGAGCCGGGCUGGUGGGGCCGCCGCUGCAGCUUCCGCUGCGCCUGCCACGGCUCGCCGUGCGCGCAGGAAACGGGCCGCUGCGCCUGCCGGCCGGGGUGGUGGAGCCCCGACUGCCGGCAGCGGUGCGAGUGCGUGCGCGGCCGCUGCAGCCCCGCCUCCGGCCAGUGCGCCUGCCCGCCCGGCUUCCGCGGCGCGCGCUGCGAGCUGCCCUGCCGCGCCGGCAGCUACGGGCCUCACUGCCGCGACAGCUGUGGCCACUGCAGGCAGAAGGAGCCGUGCUCUGCAGACACAGGCAACUGUGCGUCCUGUGAGGCGGGCUGGAACGGGACCCAGUGCCACCAGCCCUGCCCGCCUGGCACCUUUGGCGAGAGCUGCAGGGAGCUGUGCCCCCACUGCCGGCUUGGGGAGGCCUGUCAGCCAGACACCGGGCACUGUCAGCGCUGUGACCCUGGGCGGCUAGGGCCCAGGUGUGAAGAGCCCUGCCCGACCGGCACCUUCGGGGAGGGCUGUAGCUCUACCUGCCCCACCUGUGUUCAGGGGACCUGUGAUGCUGUGACUGGGGAAUGUGUCUGCAACGCUGGCUACUGGGGACCCAGCUGCAACACAUCAUGCCCACCUGGCUUCCAUGGUAACAACUGCUCGGAUCCCUGUGAAUGCCCAGAGGGACCCUGCACCCCUAUCUCUGGGGCCUGCCAGCUGGGGCCUCGCAGUCAGGAUGCGGCCCUCAUUGCAGGCAUCCUUGUACCUCUGCUGCUACUCCUCCUGGGCAUCAUCUUCUGUGUCUGCUGCUGCCGGGCUGCUCGGUUGGACCCCAAGGACAGGGCAGCAAGUGAUGGAGCUGCUGUGUCUAGGAUGAAGCUGCAGGUCUGGGGGGCACUGAGCAGCCUGGGCUCGGUGCUACCCUGUGGUUCCUUCAGCAGCCACAAGCUUCCCUGGGUAACAGUCUCGCACCACGACCCGGAGAUCCCCUUCAACCACAGCUUCAUCGAGCCGCCCUCUGCGGGCUGGGCCUCAGACGACUCCUUCUCUUCUGAUCCUGAGUCUGGAGAGGAUGAGAGCCCGGCCUACUGUGUGCCACCCCAAGAAGGGAUGGUCACUGUGGCCCACGGAGAGUUUCCAGAGGCCAGCCUGGCUGGAGGUCCCAUCCCUCCCCCUGAGGACGCCUCCACACCAUUCCCCAUCCCACGCACUUCCAGUCUCGCACGGGCCAAGCGGCCAUCAGUCUCCUUUGCCGAAGGCACCAAGUUUGCACCACAGAGUCGCCGAAGCUCAGGGGAGAUCUCCAGUCCUCUCCGAAAGCCCAAGAGGCUCUCCCGGGGGGCUCAGCUGGGUCCUGAAAGCCAGGAGGCUGAGGAGUCCGUGGGCUCAGAGAGAGCAGAAAUGGAUGACACCCUUCCUGGUGCUGCCAGCCCCAGGGAUUCAGCCACUGGCCGCCGCCGGCUCCCCCUUGGUGGCCGGACAGUGGCUGAGCGUGUAGAAGCCAUUGAGGGCACUGUCUUGGAGGGCUCAGGCUCUGUGACCACAAUCUACAUGCUGGCAGGGACACCCCAGUUACCUGAGGGCCCCGUCCGGUCUGUUCUCCGCCGUUUUGGUAGCUUCCAGAAAGGCCAGGCAGAGCCCAAGGUCAAGAGUGCCAUCCCUAAGCCUCCACGCCGGGCCCUUAGUCGAAAUAAGGGCAGCCCUGGGCUGGCCUCUGGCUCUGCCAGUCAGAGCCCCAGCUUAGCCCCGAAUGAUGAGCUCACUAGGCCCUUGGAGUCUGCAGGAACUGGGCCAGAGGAAGUGGCCAGGGGGCUAGGGGAUGGCACCAAGAGCUCAGGGAGGGCCCAGGAGCUGGCCCCUGAGGGUGGUCCCCAAGAACAGGAUCCCCAGAAGCUGGCUGAUGGGGAAGGGCAAGAGGAGCCCCAGUAUGAGAAUGUUGCACCCAUCUCUGGGCCACCAGCACCCUAAGAACCUUGAAUUUGGAGAGUUAGAAGAC